GUCGGGCUGAGGAGAGAAACAGGAACUGGACUGAAGUGCUGGAGGAGGAGGAGGAGGAGAACUGAUUGACCAACUAUUUCAAGUCUUCUCUUGCUCCAUGAGUUCACUUUCCUGCACACAUCAAAUGUCCCUCUGGAAACAAACCAGGAGAUGCCGCCAAGAGGAAUGACUCAGGCUGCAGAAUUCAGAAGAGAUUAAAUAAUGAACAUGGCAUCCAUGAAAUAUGAGAAAAUAGCGUCUCGCCAUACGUUCUCUGGUACUGUUUGCACGAACACAUCUCAUAAACGAAUGCAGAAAAAAGCUGGGAAAAAGAGAGCCCACCAAUGCUUGGAGUGUGGGAAGAGUUUCACUCAGUGGGGUGAUCUCCAAAGACACCAGCGUAGUCACUCAGGAGAGAAGCCGUAUCACUGCUCAGAAUGCGGAAAGAGCUUUACCAGACAAAGCAGUCUCCGAACACACAAGCGCAUUCACACCGGAGAAAAACCAUUUCAGUGCUCAGAGUGUGGCAGGAGUUUUAAUCGGCACAGUAACCUCCAACAGCACCAGCGCAUUCACACCGGAGAGAAGCCGUAUCACUGCUCAGAGUGUGGGAAGGAUUUCAAACAUCAGAGUACUCUUCAGCAACAUCAGCGAAUUCAUACUGGAGAGAAACCGUUUCGCUGCUCAGAGUGUGGAAAGAGUUUCACUCAGCAGAACUCCCUCCAGCUACACCAGCGCAUUCACACAGGAGAGAAACCGUAUUACUGCUCAGAGUGUGGGACAAGUUUUAGAGGCAAAAGUAAUCUCCUAAAACACCAGCACAUCCACACAGGAGAGAAGCCGUAUCAGUGCUCAGAGUGUGGCAAGUGUUUUAAACAGCAGAGUACGCUGAAGGCACACCAGCGCAUUCACACCGGAGAGAAACCAUAUGAGUGUUCAUACUGCGGAAGGACUUUCAGAGACAGAAGCAGCCUCAAAGCACACCAGCCCAUUCACACGGGCGUGAAACCGUAUCACUGCUCAGAGUGCGGGAGGAGUUUUACUCAACUGAGUCAUCUACAAAGACACCAGUACAUUCACACCGGAAACAGAACUCACCAGUGCUCAGAGUGUGGGAAGAAUUUUGAAUAUCUGCAAGGUCUCCGACAACACCAGCGCAUUCACACAGGAGAGAAGCCCUAUUGCUGCACAGAGUGUGGGAGGGCUUUCAACCAAAAGAGCUCUCUCCAACGGCACCAGCUUAUGCACACAGGAGAGAAACCAUAUCGCUGCUCAGAGUGCGGGAGGGGUUUUAACCAAAAGAGCUCUCUCCAACGGCACCAGCUUAUGCACACAGGAGAGAAACCGUAUCACUGCUCAGAGUGUGGGAAGGGUUUCACUGCACAGAGUAAUCUCGAAAUACACCAGCGGAUUCACACAGGAGAGAAGCGGUAUGAAUGCUCAGAGUGUGGAAUAUGUUUUACUCUACAGAGUCAUCUCCAACGACACCAGCUUGUUCACACUGGAGAGAAGCCAUACCCCUGCUCACAGUGUGGCAAGAGUUUUACUCGGCAGAGUCAUCUCCAACGACACCAGCUUCUUCACACAGGAGUGAGGCCGUACCCCUGCUCACAGUGUGGCAAGAGUUUUACUCGGCAGAGUCACCUCCAGUGUCACAUGCACAUCCACACAGGAGAGAAGCCGUAUCAGUGUUCAGAGUGUGGCAAGAGUUUUUCUCAACAGAGUCAUCUCCAAGAACACCAGCGCAUUCAUACAGGAGUGAAGCCGUAUUACUGUUUCGAGUGUGGGAAGUGUUGUUCUAACCAAAGUACUCUCCAAAGACACCAGCGCAGUCACACAGGAGAGAAGCCGUAUCAGUGUUCAUACUGUGGAAAGAGUUUUAGAUACAAAAGUUCUGUUACAAAACACCAGCACGUUCACACAGGAGAGAAGCCAUAUCAGUGUUCAUACUGUGGGAAGAGUUUUAGACACAAAAAUUCUGUUACAACACACCAGCACGUUCACACAGGAGAGAAGCCGUAUUACUGUUCAUACUGUGGAAAUUAUAGAGACAGACAUUCUGUCGUAGUACACCAGCGCAUUCACACAGGAGAGAAGCCGUAUCAGUGUUCAGAGUGUGGGAAGAGUUUCAGAUGUGUGAGCAUUCUACGGCAACACCAGCGCGUCCACACAGGAGAGAAGCCGUAUCAGUGCUCAGAGUGUGGAAAGAGAUUCACCCUACAGAGUAUUCUUAAAACACACCAGCGCAUUCACACAGGAGAGAAGCCGUAUCAGUGCUCAGAGUGUGGGAAGAGUUUUAGGCUACAGUGUCAUCUCCAACGACACCAGCGCAUCCACACAGGAGAGAAACCGUAUCAGUGCUCAGAGUGUGGAAAGAGUUUCACCCUACAGAGUCAUCUUAAAACACACCAGCGGUAUCACACAGGAGAGAAGCCGUAUCAGUGCUCAGAGUGUGGGAAGAGUUUUAGUCUACAGAGUAAUCUCCAACGACACAAGCGCGUCCACACAGGAGAGAAACCGUAUCGGUGCUCAGAAUGUGGGAAGGGUUUUACUCGUGAGAGUCAUCUCCAACAACACAGGCUCAUCCACACAGGUGUGAGGGCGUAUCAGUGCUCACAGUGUGGAAAGAGUUUUACUCGGCAGAGUCACCUCCAACAACACAUGCACAUCCACACAGGAGAGAAGCCGUAUCAGUGCUCAGAGUGUGGAAAGAGUUUUACCCAACAGGGUAAUCUCCAAGCACACCAGCGCAUUCACACAGGAGUGAAGCCGUAUUACUGUUUCGAGUGUGGGAAGAGUUUUUAUAGCCAAGAUGCUUUCCAAUGUCACCAGCGCGUUCACACAGGAGUGAAGCCGUAUUACUGUUUCGAGUGUGGGAAGAGUCUUUCUAGCCAAGGUGCUCUCAAAAAACACAAUCGCAUUCACACAGGAGAGAAGCCGUAUCAGUGUUCAGAGUGUGGGAAGAGUUUUCAUUUUAAGCGUGUGCUCUGUAAACACCAGCGCGUCCACACAGGAGAGAAGCCGUAUCAGUGCUCAGAGUGUGGAAAGAGAUUCACCCUACAGAGUCAUCUUAAAACACACCAGCGCAUUCACACAGGAGAGAAGCCGUAUCAGUGCUCAGAGUGUGGAAAGAGAUUCACCCUACAGAGUCAUCUUAAAACACACCAGCGCAUUCACACAGGAGAGAAGCCGUAUCAGUGCUCAGAGUGUGGAAAGAGAUUCACCCUACAGAGUCAUCUUAAAACACACCAGCGCAUUCACACAGGAGAGAGACCUCACCAGUGCUCAGAGUGCGGGAAGAGCUUUAUCAGACAGAGCCGUCUCCAGCAACACCAGCUCGUUCACGCUGGAGAGAAGCCGUAUCGCUGCUCAGAGUGUGGAACCAGUUUUAGUCAUCAGGGUACCCUUAAAAGACAUCAGCUCAUCCACACAGGAGAAAAACCGUAUUACUGUUCAGACUGUGGGAAGAGUUUUAGACAGCAAAGUACCCUCAAAGAACACCAGCGCAUUCACACCGGAGAGAAGCCGUAUCAGUGCUCAGAGUGUGGAAAGAGUUUUAAUCAGCAGAGGAACCUCCAAACGCACCAGCGCAUUCACACUGGAGAGAAGCCGUAUCGCUGCUCGGAGUGUGGAAUAAGUUUUAGAGACAAAGCUAAUCUCAUAAAACACCAGCGCAUUCACACUGGAGAGAAGCUGUAUCGCUGCUCAGAAUGUGGGAGGAGCUUCACUCGUCAGAAUCAUCUGCAAACGCACGAGCGCAUUCACACUGGAGAGAAACCGCAUCACUGCUCGGAGUGCGGAAAGUGUUUUAGUGACCGAGGUGCUCUGAAAACGCACCAGCGCAUUCACACCGGAGAGAAACCGUAUCAGUGCUUGUAUUGUGGGAAACGUUUUAGCGACAGAGGUGCUCACAAAACGCAUCAGCGCAUUCACACAGGAAUGAAACCGUAUUACUGCUCGGAGUGUGGAAAGAGUUUCAGUCGAAAGAGUACUCUCCAGCAACACCAGUACAUUCACGAAGGAAUAAAGCCGUAUCGCUGCUCGGAGUGUGGGCGGGACUUCAGGCAGCUGAAUUCCUUCAGAGCACACAUGAAAGUGCACUCAAAAGGAGGCGUGGACUCAUGACAGUAUGUCAAAAAAAAAAAAA